AUGUAUCGGUAUCUUUUCCGGAGGGACCAGACGCAGGCCAAGAAGCGGGCCAAUAACGUGGCGAACCAGGUCAGGGGCAUCUUUCGGCUGCGCAUGCGUGCGAGCAUGGUCACCUACGCGCAGAAGGUGCACCGCACGGGGGCCCAGCCCGCGCUGAUCUACGGGCGCCAGGUCCCCAGCACGGUGCGCCUGCGCAGGCAGGCCAGCAAAGUCAUUGCGGGCAAGGGUUCCGGAAGAUGCCUGACCACAACUUGGGCGCUGCUGAUGGGCGGCAGCGAAUUUGGGCUGGCGUGGCAGUCGGACGUCGACGAGCUGUGGAGGGUGAGCGAAGGACCCGAUGAGAUCGACGACGCCGAGUUGCUGGAGGAAGUGGCGGCCAACAUCAAGCGCGCGCAGCGGCCAAGCGGCGCCUGGCCCGACUGCAACGGGACGGUGACCAUAGCGCUUGGGCGCUGCAACCGCGGCAGCAGGAACGAGGCCUCGCAGGCACAGGCUUGUGCCCGCGCUGCGGACAGCAGAUGGACUCGGCACGAGUACCCUGAGGGCGCCGCGGACUUCGUGUGCCGCGCGGGCUGCUGGGAUGAGGUCGAAUUCCAGCGCGGGCCCGACGGAUUCUUCGACGUCUUCGGGGAUGGCUGGGGGGGGGCGGAGCUGUGGGCCUUUCUCCUGGCGCUGAGAAACACGCGGGGCAACUUGCGCUACCGCGCGGACGACAUGCCGCUGGUGACGGGCUGUGCCCGCGGUCGACAGCGGCAGCCGCCGCAAGGCACGAACGCGGACCUGUGGCUCGCCAUGCGGGAGACCGUGAGUGAGAGUGGUUAUUCUAGGUCGGCCCGUGCCAAUUUGGACUGCACGGCGCUCGACACUAUCAGGCCGGAGUCGGAACGCAAUUGCCCGAGAGCGUGCAAGCAGGAACACUUCGACUGGGCGGUGGACGAGGUAUUCGCCGGGGCUUCGGGCGUGCAGGACGAGGGGCUCGCGGCGUUGUACGUCGAGUGGGCGGGCCUCUUCCUGGCGAGGCGCGCCCUCUGCGCCGAGGAGCUCGCGCGGCUGCUCCGCGCCUGCACGGCCACCACCGUGCUGCAGCGGCGGCUGCGGCGGUCCGCGCUCCUGGCGCGGCUCGUGCGGGAGUCGAGCGCGGAGCUGCAGAUGUGCGUCGCGACUGUGCUGGCGGCCUUCGCCGACUUCGCCUGCUCCGCCUCUGUCAAGGAGCUGCGCUCCUUCUGCCUCGGCGCCCGGGAGCUGCUCAUGGCCGCGCUGCUGCCCCAGCUCGCCCGCUGCGCGCCCGAGGUGCAGCAGUAUGUGGUGAAGGCCAUCGACUCUGGUGAGGUCUGA